CUGGAGUUUCUCUUCUCUUCUCUCUUUACAAUGUUGUUCCUAUCAACUACUCUAUUAAUUCUAAUUCAGUUCAUGGCCUUUUCAGCAUGCGCCAAAAGCCACACGCAUGCGUCCACUAAGAAUUCCACACACACCUCUACCAAAACUGCCACGCACAAAAGCAAACCCACUCAUACCCCUUCCACCAUAAACUCGACACACGAUACAAUCAUAGAGGGCUGCAAACUUCGAGCAGGCUGGCGCAAGAACUUAGCUAGCUUCGACGCCACCCAGGACUGUCGCAGUUUGAAUGAGAUUCUCGGGACGGCCAAAUACCUCCACCAAGUCGACUUUUGCGCCGCAAAGCCCGACAUUGUGCUGAAGUACAUCAACGCAAGCCUUUCAAAGAGCCCCGGUGGCCAGCCAAAAUCUUGUGAAGUGAACCACUGGUACUAUGGAGAUUACGGCGGCAAACAGGCGCAGCCAUUCUGUCGAAACGCAACGGACAUCGUGAGCAAAGGUUAUGGUACAAACAAAACCUACAACAAGUAUCUUACGCGAACUCAGCCGUAUCUGAGUGUAUUUCACGGACCGCGAUCUGCGUGCAACGAGAAGCUCAAGUCGGACUUGGAAGCCAUGGGGGACCCUGAUAUCUCAGGUAUUGGUGUCAUGGUAUCGCAAAGCAUCGGCAUCGGCUUUCUACUGCUCUUCUUCGCCGCUUCCAGAUGGCCCGAAUUCAUGCCUACCAUCAAUAUCUUGAAGUCGUUACAGUAUUUCUACGCGACUACGACUCUCCUUGCCUUCUCCGUCACCACAGCCGCCAUCGUGACGUUCUGGCGACGGCGCGCCGAAACAAAUCAGAUCUACGCCAACUUCGGCUAUGUAAACCUUUACGCUUAUUCCACACUUGCCCUCGCGCCUCCGCUUUCCAUAAUGCCAGCCGUAGUACUUGUCACGCUUCCUUCGAAAGCGUGGAAAGAAAAAGGCAAAGAGGCAGAAGAUGGGGCAGGAAACGUGAAGCUUGCUCUCGCGCGCUUAACUGUGACGCUGCUUUACUUGUAUUGCGUUGUGGUUCUGUGGGUGAUAUGGUCAGUCGGAAUCAAAGGUCAACGUCAGCCUACUCAUGUCGAAUUCGGGAACCGUCUGAAUAUAAAUGUCAGCGGCUUUCUCUACGAGCGAGCUGGUACUUAUAUCUACGCCCUUGGAACCUUGAUGAUUGCGUUACCGACUAUCGGAUUGCUGGCUUGGACGGGCAUGUCUGGUCUCCGCUGGGCCUGUACAACUGACGAGAAGGGGCAACGUCUGGAACGCUUUACGUUUAUUUGUAGCGGCCUCUGCCUUGUCUUUGGGCUUACACAGUUCGCUAUGUUUGUGUAUAUUCGAUCUCAAGCUAUUGGACAAGCUCACGGGAAGACGUCGGAGAUGGAUUGGGGAUUUGGCCAGAUUUUGGUUUUGUUCACUUGGCUACCUCUACUGCUGACGAUCAUGUCGGAGAUUUGGAAGCAUUGCAUUACUCGUAUCAGGAAGCUCGAGUGGUAUACCCGUCUGUUGGGCGCAUGCUGA